CAUUGCUGGUGCAUUAAUCAAGCUUUCCUUCUCUCCUCGGCCUCCUCAAUGCUCCUCUUCUCUGCCAAAAGCCAGCCCUUCACUUCCUCCAUAUGACCAUCCGACUUCACCAUCUCCGCAUAAUAAUCAGGAGGCCCGAGACAUCAUUUUUUGAUCUUCUUCUUUCUUGUUGAUGUAGCAGAGCAUCGAAAGGGGUAUCUAAUUGGAAUGCUAAGGUCAGGCCUUGUGUAAACCUAUCCUAAUCCCAGUCCAGCGGUCUCUGUCCCUUAGGCAAGCGCAGGAUCUUUCAAAUGGGAAAGAAAGAUGGAGUGGAAUCCAAAAGACUUAUAGGUUGUUAUGGAACCAAUUCUCUGCUAUGAUUGAAUUCAAUUGUAAUAUUAAAAUUGAAAUCGAUUGAUAGAUGGAUUGGAUUCUCGUAUUUGGAGCAAAUAUCCCUACUAUGAUUUCAAUUCAUUCUGUUUCCUAUCUUCCUUGCUGUUCUCUUCCUCUCUCUGGAAACCCCACAUUGCUACUAAUACUGGAAAGAAACAAACCAAAAUAGAACAAAGAAAAUGAUCCAAUUUACAUACUUAAGCACCAAGAACAACCCUUGAUUUAUGGAACAAAAUUUACUCUAAACUGAUAGCUAGACCAUCAAACAAAUACACACAUAGCCUCGAUUCAACAAAGCUUAUGGACCCAAUUCAGAAUUAUUCAAACCCAAAAGAUGGUUUACCAUGAAGUUCAUGAGUUUAUACAAGAACAAGCUAAAACACAGCUUGAUGCAAAAAUCAAAGAUACAUAAAAGGGCCCAGUGACUAUACAAAAGCAAGCUAUUUCAAUGUGAAAGAGAAAGGAAAACAGAAAUAAAACCAAGCAGGUUCAGGCUCAGAGGUGACAGUUUACCUUGUUAGAGAGAGAUUGAGCUUUUGAAGUUGAUAUCGCAGAUACUGCAAGAAGAGCCAAAGUAAAACCCUAAACCCUGAUUUGAUACGGAUAACAUUAGGCCUUUGUAUAAAAUUACAAGUGACUUGCUAGCAUUUACAUUUUUUUUAAUUGAAUGAUAAUAUCUCACUCUAUUGUUUGCAAAAUAGUAUUGAAUUCUCACUCUAUUGUUGGUGAUGAAGGUGGCUUUGCUCCUAAUAUUCAGGAAAACAAAGAGGGUCUUGAACUGCUCAAGACAGCAAUAGCCAAAGCUGGAUAUACCGGAAAGGUUGCUAUCUCUUCUGAUGAUGUUAAAGCUCUUUGCUCUUAAAAUCAUUAUGGAUGUUGCUGCUUCAGAAUUCUAUAAUAACGAUGACAACACCUAUGAUUUGAAUUUCAAGGAAGAGAACAACGAUGGAUCACAAAAGAUAUCUGGAGACAGUCUGAAGAAUGUGUACAAAUCAUGUGCGACUGAUUAUCCAAUUGUAACCAUUGAGGAUCCAUUCGAUCAAGAUGACUGGGAACACUAUGCUAAGAUGACAUCUGAAAUUGGUGAGCAAGUGCAGUUUGUUGGUGAUGAUCUCCUUGUCACAAACCCCAAGUGUUUUUAUUGCAGCGUGUGGAGAAAGCAAUUAAGGAGAAUACCUGCAAUGCUGGAGCUACCAAAUCUAAACUGUUUAGCCCUCUAUUUCACAAUUUAUCAGGUGAAUCAAAUUGGUUCUGUAACUGAAAGUAUUGAAGCUGUGAAAAUGUCGAAACGUGCUGGCUGGGGUGUCAUGGCAAGCCACAGGAGUGUUGAAACCGAGGAUACUAUCAUAGCUGAUCUUUCGGUUGGAUUGGCUACAGGACAGAUCCAGACUGGAGCUCCUUGCAGAUCAGAACGCCUUGCACAAUACAACCAUGUAGAUGGAAAUGUCUUUCAACAUACACAGCUUAAGAUGAGGAAUCUCACAAAGUAUGAUUUUUCAUAUCAUACACAGCUUAAGAUGAGGAUCUCACAAAGUAUAUUACCCAAAUUCAAAGCAACACAAUAUGCAGGUCAAGGUGAAAGAAAAAACUAUCCCGUGGUCAGCUCAUAGGAUAACUCACUUUUUCAUUCUGCUGAAACAGAACAGCUAGUUUUAACCAAAAUUUUUGCAGAGCACACUAGUCUUACUACACUUGAAUUAACCAAAAUUUUAUUCA